AUGGCGCCACCCACAAAACGUCGGAAGCGAAACAUCGUUCAUGCCUCUUCAGACGAUGAAGAGGAGCCAAAGUCGAAACCUAACACUCUUACCAAUUACCUUCUUUCCUCGCCUACUCAAAAGUGCGCCUCUACCACAGAUGCCUCCCGAGCUACAACGCCCUCUCCAGGUCCUACAAGGAAGUCGUCUCGCUUGCUAGCCACUAAGCCGUCGAGCUCGACCUCGAGUUCUAUGCCUCUUCACCAAAGGAACAAUGGAUUUCGGGGUUUUAGUACGAGUCCGGGGAAGCCUAAGGCCCAGCCAUUUGCAAAAGGGAAACGAGUCGAGAAAGAGAAGACGGCGGAUCUUGUGACUAUGUUUUCUAAACAGGCUCAAAGAGCUCCGACAGCGUCUCCGACAAAGAGGGACGAUAUUAUUAGCGAUCCGAUAUCAGACGAUGACGAUGUGGGUGAACACAGGGCGGUAAACACUAGUCGAGUUGGGCAGAACGCCCGUAAGCGUUUUCGGGAUACGCCUCAACCAAGUAGCGGCCCGGCAAUUACAUCGAGCCAAAAAUUCCUCAAACCACCCCGUCCUCAACAGGACCCAACUACGGGCGAUGAACAACGGCCCUGGUCGGAGCGGUUCGGCCCUACGAAUAUAGAAGAGCUUGCAGUUCACAAAAGGAAAGUAGCAGAUGUUCGCCGGUGGCUUGAAGAUGUUAUGGCCGGACGAAUGCGACAACGGCUUUUAAUUUUGAAGGGCGCUGCCGGAACAGGGAAGACCACUACGGUUCGACUCCUUGCUAAAGACAUGCGCUGUGAACUACUCGAAUGGAGAAACCCCGUCGGUUCCCUAGGGGCAAAUCAAGGGCUCCAGUCAGCUUCGGCGCAGUUUGAAGAAUUCAUGGGGAGGAGUGGAAAAUUCGGUCAAUUAGACACUGAUCUUGACUCGACUCCCCCGAGUCUCGGCAAGAACGAUAAUAAUGAUAAUAAUACGAAGAAAAUCAUUCUCAUUGAGGAAUUCCCAAACACUUUUACACGCUCGUCAGUAGCUUUGACGACAUUUCGAAAUACUAUCUUACAAUACCUAGCCGCUAAUACGCCAUCCCUCGCCACUUACGAUCGGCCAACUUCCAUAGACCCCAUCACGCCUAUCGUUAUGAUCAUAUCAGAGACUCUACUAACUACUACAUCAGCGUCUGCGGAUAGCUUUACGGCCCAUCGCCUGCUAGGACCUGAAAUCACUCGACAUCCAGGCUCUUGUAUUAUAGAGUUUAACGCUAUUGCGCCUACUCUCCUCGCGAGUGCGCUCGAGUUAAUCGUACAGAAAGAGGCGCGGAAGUCUGGACGGCGUCGGACGCCGGGCCCGCUUGUUCUAAAGAGACUGGGGGAAAUAGGGGAUAUAAGAAGCGCAAUCUCCUCACUCGAGUUUCUUUGCCUCAAAGGUGAUAACGAUGCGGACUGGGGCUCAAAGGUAGCCUUCACAAAACCUAAACGUGGAUCUAAGAAUGAAGUAUCUUUAACUAAGGGUGAGGUGGAAAGUCUAGAGCUUGUCUCGCAACGCGAGGCAAGUUUAGGAAUAUUUCAUGCUGUCGGAAAGGUAGUAUACAAUAGAAGAGAUGAGCUUCCGAUGAGCCAGCAAACUCUCGAGGGUCAGGCUGAAAUAUUACCUGACUUUAUGGCUCAUCAUUCUAGGCCAAAACGAUCCGAGGUCUCCGUCGAUAGCCUCAUUGACGAGACCGGGACUGAUACGCACACAUUUAUUUCAGCACUUCACGAGAAUUACGCCCUGUCCUGUGAACCUAGCGGGCUUUCCGAUCCUAAUUCCUCGCUUGACUACGUAAACAAUUGCAUCGAGUUCCUUUCCGAGAGCGACCUACUCUCCCCAUCUUGGGAUAUCUUCUUCCGGGGCCGUGGAUUUGGCAGUUCAACAUUCUCGGGACGAGAUUCGGCUGGCCAUGUGCUAAGACAAGAUGAGAUUACUUUCCAAGUCGCGACAAGAGGAUUAUUAUUUUCUCUACCAAAUCCGGUGAAGCGAAUCGCGAAGACCUCCGGACGCGGUGGUAGUGAUGCUUAUAAGAUGUUCUAUCCUGCAAGUCUCAAGCUAUGGCGAGAGAAGGAAGAACUUGAAGGAGUCGUAGACCACUGGGCAUCAAGAUUGCUAAAGGGGGACGAGACUGGUCAGAAUCUCACUCAAGGUGCUUCUGCAUUUAGACGGCCUAAGUCAGCAUCAAGCGGCGGUGGAGAUUGGAUUGGUAAACACCAGGCUUCUAUGCAACGUAAUAGCAGCCAACAAGCCAAAAAAACCGAACAGAGCCAAGACCAACAGACAGCCCCGUUGCUCUUCCUUGGGAACUCAGCUCGUAGGGAAUUGUUACUGGAACGACUGCCAUAUAUGGCCCACAUAGCACGGGGACGUAGAAGCGCAGUAGGUAAUGUUCGGUUAAAGGAGAUUGAAAGGGUAACCUCGUUUUCCGGGAUUGGAGAGGCAGCGGAUGAUGACGCCCUCGACGGAGAUGAUAAUAUGGAGCAGGCGGGAGAAGCAUGGGCAACUGAUAAGCCUACGGAAGAAUCAUCACCACGAAAGAAGAGCGUCGCCUUUGGCAUACGGCAAAAGAGCGAUGUGUCUUCCCUUUCUACCACGGGGAUACCAUCCAUACAGAAAUUGGUUUUAAGCGACGAUGAUAUAGAGGAUGAUUAA